AUGCCUAAGUAUGAUAUCCAACCAGACCAUCGUCUCCUGAGCCACAUCAUCACCGCUUCAGCCCAAAGUCGGUGCUUGCCAGAUCCCGACGACCUGACCUACAGCACUCGGGAUGAAAACGAUGACAAUUCAAGUCGUGCCGGGCUUAGCUUGUUCCACAGAGUGGUGCAGUUACUUGGUAAUUCUAGAUUGGUAACCCUGUCAACGAGGGAUACACUGGACCGUAUCGCUCUUCAUUACGCUGCGAUCUACGGCCUCUCAGAUACGUGUCGGGAGAUCUUAGCCUCCUGCCAGGAUUCGAAGAAAGACAGCCUCUCAAACAUGAUUUUGGCAAAAGACUUCCAGCAGUAUACGCCCAUGCAUUAUGCGGUGAUGAACAAUCACCCAGCGGUGGUCAAGACUCUCCUGGAGGGUCUCUACCUGAUUCAUGAAGCCAAUGGAAUCCCGAUAGAUCAGACAUUACUCUUCACACUUGUCUCAAUGGCGAUGGGCUAUGGGUUCGGGGAAAUAGUCGAGCUGUUGGCAAAAUGUUCUCUUGACCAUAAGAUAACGUCCCUACAAGGAGAAACUGCGCUUUAUCUUGCAACCCGAACCGGACAGGAACGCUAUGUCAAGACCUUGCUUAAGAACGGCGGAGCGGUGAGCAUCAAUGCCCCAGAAACUGUACACGGCUGGACUCCGCUAUUUAUUGCAUGCGUCAAUGGCUAUGAAUCUGUUGUGCGAUGCCUUUUACAAGCGGGGGCUAGACAAGACAUACAGGACCACAACGGCUGGAUGCCCAAAGAGCAUGCCGCUUUACGAGGCCAUCUCGCAUUGGCUGGGGAGCUAGAUUCAUUGAACGACAUGAGCCAUUCCGGCGGCCCUGCUGGAAUACCGUUGAAGCCAAUUUCUGAGGCUAAUUCAAUCAAAGAGGAUGGGAAAAGCCAUUUAAUAGUCAAUCUUGGGGUUUUACAACAUGGCAAGAGUGCCAAAGCUGUGGAUCUGAGGUCUUUCGCAGACAAGGCCGUCGACCGAAACAUUGGGCUUUUACUAGAGAUAUCUGCCUCCGGGAAGCAGAGCGAAACCUACGUUACUGAACUGCCCUUCUUGGCAGACAAAGUAAACGAGCCGUUUAUUUUCGCACUUACCCACCCCAAGGCAGCGUCCAUAACUUUCAGAGUUUCUCAACAGGUACCUGGCUAUCCUGCUUCGCACACUCUCAUCGGCAGCGCGACGGCUCUCUUGCAAGCGCAGAACGAUUGUUUUGGAGAGAACCGGGAGAGUCUUGUUAGAGAGCGUACUAUACCCAUCAUCCAGAAGGAAACGAUGGACGUCAUCGGAACGAUAACUUUCACUUUCCUCAUCGCUAAGCCAAUGGAAAACUUCAUUCCGUCCUUCAGGCCUCGGCCUUCUGUCAAGACCAAAGGCUUGCAGCUAGUUGGGCAUAGAGGACUGGGCCAGAACACAGCUAGCCGAAACUACCUUCAGCUGGGAGAGAAUACAGUCGAAUCAUUCCUUACGGCCGCAAAGCAUGGCGCUACGCAUGUUGAGUUCGGUAAGAAGACUUACCUCACUAGGAAUGAAUUAACGGACUAA